CCUACUCGGUUUUCAUAUUCAAAAAUGGCGCUYCACCAUGGCAGGAAAGGCUCCAAAACAACUGGAAAGACAGASRCGAAAGAAGAGGARGAAGAAGAAGACCCAUAUGAUUUGAGGAUUAAAAAUACUGGAUGUGCAGAUUUCCACUAUGCACUUCAGGACUGUUAUAUUGAGACUGGAGACUGGAGAAAAUGUCAGAAACAGAUGAAAGACUUUCAAGAAUGUAUGGCAAACAAAARCAAGAAGACUGGUAGCUAGCAAAGGUGUCUCUUUGRAUUUGACAAUCACAUAUUUGGUGUUAUAUUUCAAACUCUGUACACAGUAAAGGCCUUCUAGAUAGUAAUUUGGCAUCUCCAGAUAGAGAACAGAUUUGAACAAUAAGCACAUUUCUUAUUCUCAAAAGAGAUAUAAACUAAAAACAAAACAACAAACAAGAAAGCACAAAGUACUUUCAAUUCUAUUUUUUUCCAAUUUUGGGUAAAAARAUGCAGUUUUAAUAACUAUAAUUAAGGGGAAUGAAAAUUGGAAUGUAUUUUUAUCAGUAAUGAGUAAUGUCGUACAAACAAAAAUAAAUUCGGAAGAACUAUAUUUA